CAAGCAAGUAAACCACCUUGCUUUGUCCCGGUCAAGUAAGGCACUCACAUCGAAUCACAUCGCCGAGGACAGGAAGGUCGAUUCUUUCGCCACUUGUACCCUGGUCUAUAGAUCAGCAAAGAAAGAAAUAAUGAGAUGAGGGGAGAAAAAAAAGUAAAAAGGCAAAGAAAAAAGGUUUAUACCCCGUUGGCAAUGGGCCGAGACUCUCUGCAUAUGGGACCAUCUGAGUGGGCACUUGGUACCUACUUCGAAGCACCCACGCCAAUAAUUGAGGUGAAAAGGAUCCCACUAUGUUCUUGGCACCGUUGCUCCCCGAUCUCCCGGAAGCUUACGCAUACGAUACAAACAAUUAACGGCAACCCGGCGUGCGUUCGGUGCAAUGGCCAUUCUGAUUACCCAUCGAGAAAGGGUAGAAAAAAAUCUCAGGAUGAAAGCUUACUGUGGCUGAGCCUAAACGCAGCACUAUGGUGGUUGCGAUUCCCUUGUAUGGAUGGUAUUCUGGCCUCCUCUCCAAUUGCAAUCGGUCUUGACUGGUUGAUGUUGGACUUCCUUUGCAGGUUGAUCGAUGUAAAAGUGAAAGGGAUUAGAAGACGUCAGUCAAUACAGAGCAGCAGGACGGGCCAGGCACCAUGAUAUUUGCAUUGUCCAAUGAUGACCCAUCAUUCUGACGAACUAACUUACGAUUUUCCCCAUACCCGAUAUUGGCUAAUGCAUCUAUCUGGCUAUCCCGAGAUGACUAGAGUCUAUCUCUGUUAGCCAAUUGGAGCAACUCCCUGGAACGGGACUUCUUGAACCACGGGCUUAAAUUUUUGCAG